AUGAACAAGACCAGAAGAGGAAAGUCGAUAGUUUGUCAAAAAAAACUCGAUCGCAAGAUUCUUGCUUUUCAGAAGACUGAAAACCGGGUUUUUGAGCCGAAUCUUGAACUGUGUGAGAUUGGGGUUGAUCAUCGGGCAGAUUAUUUGAAAGAAAGGAAGGAUUUUUUAGAUGGGUUUAGGGAAAAAGUGGAAUCAGAGAGAGGAAAACAUCAAAUUUAUAUGCAAGAGACUCAGAGGAUCACAUUGAAUGGAUUCCAAACGGGAUUUUGUCGGAUUUUUGAGGCGUCAAUUGAGUUCUCAAAAGGGUCGAUAAAGAUGUAUAAUGAUCUUGUUGGCUCUUCUCAGGAAGAAGAUGAGAAUUUUAGUCAAGAAGAAUUAAGAAAUUUGAAAAUCAGGAGUAGAUACUCAAAUAUUGUGCCACUCCACACGGCAUCCUCCUGUGGUGAUUACAGCGGCGUGGUGUCGUCUUCUCCACGUGCCCUCCUUCCUCUAUUCGGUAAUGGAGAUGGAGGGUAUGCAAAAGAGAAUGGUCAAGCUAAUAUAAAGUCAACCCAAGUCUUGGAAUGUACUUUUAUGCUUAUACAUGUCUACUGAGAUCUACUAUAUUAAUUUACUUAUUGUGUUGUUUGACUGUUUAUGAUUCAGUUGACCUAUAAUUAAU